CCUCUAGCGAGACCUCCUCGUUGCCUGUUGCUUAAUUUUUAAAAAUUUUUUUUUUAACUUUGAAGAUGUUGCUUUUAAAGUAAAUAAUAAUAAAAAAAAUAAUAGAAUGUGUAAAACUGAGUAAAGAGAUUCGAUGUGUUGCAACUUCGACUUGAAUAACACAUAUUUUGAUUGUACCGAUAUAAGUAGUUUCAUUUAAUUGAACUUAGUUAUAAGAAUGGAUUGUUCAAUUUGUUCAUAUUGUAUGAAUAUUCUCACCACUUUGACGUGCCUAUUUGUUGUCCGCAUGUGGAUUGUUUACUUACGCAUCCACAAUAAUAAACGUACUAUUCCCCGAGCAAAAACUCCAUCCGUUAAAACGAUGGUUGUUUUAGGAUCUGGUGGACAUACAUUUGAAAUGUUUCAGCUUAUAAAAAAUAUAAGUAAUAAAUUUAGUCCAAGAAUUUAUAUAAUUGCAAAUUCUGAUACAUUGAGUGAAUGCAAGGCAAAAUCAUUUGAAGAAUCUUUAGAUAAUUUACCUGAAAACUAUGUGAUUGAAAGAAUACCAAGAAGUAGAGAAGUUGCACAAUCGUAUAUAACCUCUGUUUUGACAACUCUUAAGGCUUCAAUUUUUUCAUUCUUAUUAAUAUGCAGACAUAUGCCAGAUUGUCUUAUUUGCAAUGGCCCUGGUACAUGUGUUCCUUUGUGUUUGUCAGCCUUUUUACUUCAUAGUCUGGGUUUGAAACAUAUUAAAACAAUCUAUGUAGAGAGCAUAUGCAGAGUUUCAACAUUGUCUUUAAGUGGUAAAAUACUUUAUCAUCUCACUGAUUAUUUUAUAGUGCAAUGGCCGGACAUAAGAAAGAAGUACCCUCACGCCAAAUAUUUUGGAAGAUUGAUUUAAAUUUGUGGAGAACAGUGUUUAUAUAUGUACAGUAGAACCCCAAUUUCUAGACACACAGUUAUUGGACCUGAUCAAAUUAAGACACUGAUGCCCAUUAUAAAUGUUUCAAUACAUCUUUUAUCAUAACUACUGGUAUUAACUACUUAUUGUUGCGUUUAUAGGCCUUGUGCAAUUAAGCUCUAAAAAUGAAAUUUGGUUGAAUUACUGCUGUGAGGAAGAAAAGAGAAACUGGUGCCUUAAAAAAGACAAAAAACAAAAUUUAAAAAAAAAAAAUUCAUUAUAUCAUAUUGCUAUUUAUGAUAGGGAAAUAAAGUAUUGUCAUUUUAAUAUUUAUGUACUGACUCAUUUAGAAAAGGUCUCGAUUAUCUGUUGAUUUUGAUUUUCCAACAUACCCCUGGUCCCAUGGGUGUCGUUUAAUCGGAGUUCUACUAAUUAUUUUAAAUUAUUGUGUACAUACCUAAAAAAAAUUUUUAAUAUUUUUUUUUAAUGCUUCAGCUUCCGAAUUCUGUCUUUGUUGGAGUGUUUAAAACCAGUGUCUCAAUAAAUAAUAGAAAACUGUAAGGGUCUAAAAGAUUAAACAUUCUUAAUGUAUUAAUUUAAGAUUCAAGUGCAACUCAGAUUUUGCAUUUUCUGAAAGAAUUUAAGAUGAAUAAUAAUAAUAAUCUAAUCCCAAACCCAUAAAUCUUAAAAAACUAUUUUAAAUCUGGUUGUAAUGAAUAAACAGCUUAUAAAAUAAUCUAUUAGGUUAUUCUUACACUUCAUUUACAUAAGACCUGCCCUUUAUUCAGGACUUUUGAUGUAGAACUUCAAUCCGUUAAAGUGAGAGAAAAAUUAUCAGUGGCAAUCAUCAGAUGCUUGAAUCUAGUACUAACUGCAUGUUCAUUCUUUACUCCAAAACUGAUAUUUUAAACCAAGGUAGUAGGGAAAAACAGAUUUUCAUACCUUCUGUGACUUUACAAACCUGAAAAAUUGAGGAUACAUAGAAAUCGUUCCAGAGUAAAAAUCUCAAUGUCAGCUCUGGAUAAUUCCUUCAAAGUAAACCUGGUAUAAUAGGCAGGUGCUGCCUUUAACUAAUUAGGACUGAUAGUCCUUCAAUCCACCAUUAGUAGGCUUCAAAUGACUCACCUUUAUACAGGGGCAGAAGGUCUUUCAUGUGCCAGCUGAUACUCAUCUCAAGGACAGCUUUGGAUAAUUCCUACGAAGUAAACCUGGUAUAAUUGUCAGGCUUUAGGUGGUGCCUUUAACCAUCAGGACUCAUAGAGUCUUUCAAUCCACCACUUGUAGGCUCGCACUUCAAAUGACUCACCUUUGUACAAGGGCAUAAGGUCUUUCAGACAUGUGCCAACUGAUACUCAUUGCAAGCCUAUCUGAAACAUCUCUUAAACUCUGCAAGUCUUAACUAGAAUGACAUAAAGUCCCCAUCUUGUAAUCGAUCAUUUGAAGAUUCUUAGACCUGGUUCAGCCUGUAACUAGACUAUGCUAAAUAAGUCCUCAAUAACAAUGAAGAAUUUGCAGAGUUAAUCUCAAGCAGGCAGCACUAUCUUCAAAAUUUUAAAUUUUCCCGCGCCUUAAGUGCAGUCAUGCAGAGAUUAUUGGAAAAAUUAAGCAUUUAUCUAAUAAAUAUUUAGUACAAUUUGCAAUUAUUAAAAAUAAUAAAAGUGAUACACAAAAACUUAGUUUGAAAUUUGUAUAGUCAUACUUUAGUUUUGCCCAUAAGGAGAAAAAAUAUACGAAUAUGCCUGUUGCCUUGCUGGAGGGUAUCUUCUGUGCUCCAGUGUUAAUACACACUAAUAAAAAAAAUCAUAAAUUCAACUUAUGUUCCAUGAAUUUUAUUUACCAAUAUUUAAAUAAUUUGAUAAACAACAAACAUAUUGUGUAUUCAGUUUAAAUUGAUUCGUGAAGUCUUUUCAAUAUGAAAUAUACUUGAAGUUUACUGUUAUUUGAACAUGUAUACUUUCCUGUGCAAUAAAUAAAUCUACUUUUUCUUAACAGAAAUACAUUUAUGUAAUUAACAAAAAUCAUGAUUGUGUAGCUAAAUUGAUUGAUGCAUUCAAUUAAUGUUUCUAUCAAAGUAGAUUUGUUCUUCUUUGGUAGUUCAUGUGGAAAAAUAAAUACUUUAUGAAUGGUA